AUGACUUGUGAUGUGUUGCCGCGCCUUUUUUUAUUGGCGAGGCAUCGCGCUGCUUCGCUGAAGGCUGCUGAAGUGCGUUCGUCGCUGGUUUCUGCCGACGGAGCGAAAGUUCGGUCGACAAACUGCGCUGUUGGCUUGCACCGCCUGAUGGAUAAGGUUUUGGAGGAGCUGCACACGGAGCCGCAUCGCUGGUUGCCGACGACAGCUGAGAAUGAGCUUGUCGAGCUUCUUGACAAGAGUGAUGCCCCCGACUUUCCCUCCGCACAGUCCUUCUACAGUCUUCUUGCCCAGCGCCGUUUUGUUUCGAAUAUUGCAACAAGUUCCGCUGUGCUGAACGUCACGUUGUUUGAUGAGGUGGCGUUGCAGUGUGGUGAGACGUGUGUGCUGCGCGAGCCGGUGAGUCGUAGCAGCUUGAUGCGGCUCAUCCUUGUUCCGGUUGACAUGCGCGUUGCCCUUCAUGGUCUACUGCGUGCUGUGUUGGGUGUUCUGGAGAGCGCCGGUGUGAAGUGCUGGGCCAUUGGAGGCACUUUGCUGGGCGCCAUGCGUCACGGCAGCAUCAUUCCAUGGGACGAUGACGUCGAUUUGGGCGUUUUAGCCGCGGAUGAGGCGAAACUCCGCGCAGCAUUUGGGUUUCCCCGGAUGGAUGGCGUGGAGACGGAUCUUCUACUGGAGUACGUGCCCAUGUUCGGGUACAAAGUUUACAGCCGCUCAUUACCACCGCCGUCACGGGAUGGUUCCGUCACAUGUAUGAAAUACGGCUAUUUUAUUGACAUUUUUAUUCUGGAGGAGCUGCAGGGGCGUGUUUUUUUUGCUCGAAAUGAGGCGAAGAGGACGUGGCCGAACGAAUGGUGGUAUCGUGAUGAAUUGUUUCCUUUGACUCGUGUGCCAUUUCUUCCCACUCCAUCGAGUAGCCGUCAGAUGUUGUGGCUUCCGGUGGCACGUUCUCCUCUUCAACACCUUCAGCGCCACCACGGUGCUACUUGCAUGGAGGAGGCUGUUGUCCCGCGUGAGUUGCAUGGUCGUCUUCUUAGUCAUUCGUUGCAUAUACCAAUGACGCUUCUUGAUGACGUAUGA